UUGACCACACUCUUGGAGAACGGUUCCCCAAAGCUUCAGCCAUGAAUUCAUCCAGCAUCCUUUUGUUUGUUCAUUCCGUCCAGUUCAAUGCCACCUUGGACUUUAACGAGACCCUCCUGCUCAAUAACCUCAGCAGCAUCGAGUUCUGCGAGCAAGUUUUCAUCAAGACCGAGGUGUUUUUAACCCUGGGGAUUAUCAGCUUGCUGGAGAACAUCCUGGUGAUCCUGGCCAUCCUGAAGAACAAGAACCUCCACUCGCCCAUGUACUUUUUCCUCUGCAGCUUGGCCGUGGCCGACAUGCUGGUCAGCGUGUCCAACGCUUUGGAGACCAUCGUCAUUGCCGUGCAGAACAAAUACCUGGACAUCGGGGACCAGCUCCUCCAGCAGCUGGAUGAUGUUUUUGACUCUUUGAUCUGCAUCUCUCUGGUGGCUUCUAUCUGCAGCCUCCUGGUGAUUGCUAUAGACCGCUACAUCACGAUUUUCUACGCCUUGCGCUAUCACAGCAUCAUGACGGUGAAGAAAGCGUUGGCUUUGAUCGUGGUCAUCUGGGUCUCCUGCAUCAUCGGUGGCAUCGUCUUCAUCGUCUACUCCGAGAGCAAGACGGUCAUCGUGUGCCUCAUCACCAUGUUCUUCACCAUGCUUGUCCUGAUGGCCACCAUGUACGUCCACAUGUUCCUGUUUGCCCGCCUCCACGUCAAACGGAUCGCAGCCCUGCCCGUCGACGGCGUGGUGCAGCAGCGGACGUGCAUGAAGGGCGCCAUCACGAUCACCAUCCUCUUGGGGGUCUUCGUUGUGUGCUGGGCUCCUUUCUUUCUCCACCUCAUCCUCAUCAUCUCCUGCCCCGGCAACUCCUACUGCAUCUGCUACGGUGCCUACUUCAACACGUACUUAAUCCUCAUCAUGUGCAACUCAGUCAUCGACCCCCUCAUCUACGCCUUCCGCAGUCUGGAGAUGCGGAAGACCUUCAAGGAGAUCAUAUGCUGCUACGGCAUGAAUUUUGGAAAGUGCGGUUAGA